AUGUCAAUUUUUUCAAAAAAAGAAUAAAAGAAGCAGCCUACUCAAUAUUUGGAAUUUGAUUCACUUGCUGCUAAAAAGUAUAUUUAUGACUCAAAGAAAGCUAAUGAGUAGUCUGUAAAACAAGAAUAGUAUAUAAAUGAUUUAAGAAAAGCGUAUGAAUUCCAAAAAAAAUUAGUUAUGACUAGUAAAGAGUUGAAAUUGAACCCAUCUUUUAAAAAGUAGAGUUACUUUAAGUCGAAAGAAAAUAAUUAAUGGACGAAGUGGAACAAUAUAAAAUGAGUUAGAUGGAAAUUCUUAAGAAAUAUGAAGGGGAAUACUAGGAUAAGGAGAGACUUGCCAAAGAAUGCUAAAAAUACAAAUAAUAGAUUUUAGCACUUUAGAAAAUGUAAAUGCCCCAAGAAUUUUAAGAAAAAAAAUGUCAGGAAUUAAAAGAAUCUUUAUUUAAUACUAUCAAGGACAUAAUGAAUGACUUUUUGGAAAGUUACAAUGAUUAAAUAGGGUAUGACAAUGAUGAUUCAGGUAUCAAUUCAAAAUUAAUAAAGUUUCUGCAUCAAUGUUUCAUGAUUUACUCUAAUAGAUUGAUGACUCAAUAUUAAUGUUCGUAGAAAACCUACCAGCUUAAUCAAGUAGACAAUAUUAAUCAGAGGAAGUUCAACACCUUAAGGAUUAAAUUGAAAAAACCUUGUAGAUUGUGGCUAAUUUGCAAUCUGAAAAUUAGGACUUAGUAGCGUCAUUAGAAUCUGAAAAGUAACUUAAGGAUAAGAUCAAUAAUCAAAAAAAUACUUAAUAGCAAUUGGUUAGCCAAUUAUAAAAUCAAAUUGAGCAAAUAGUUAAUGAGAAAAAGGCUAUAGAAUAAUAACAUUAAGAAAUUUAGAUUAAAUAUUAGGAUUUAUCAAAGGAAUUUUAAAAGCUUAACUAAGUUAAAGAAGAUGAAAAAGAAAAGCUAAAGGGAGAAUUAAUAACGUUGGUCAAUGAAUUAUAAAAAGAAAUCCAAAAGGUUCAAUAGGAAAAUUCUCUACUUUUAUAGCAAGUUGAAGAAAAGAAUGCUGAAAUUACUAGUAAAACUGAAGUAUUCAAUAACAAAGUGAGAGAUUUAGAAACAAAAUUAAAUCAUGAAGAAUUGAAAUAUGAAUAAAAAUCCAAAGAAGUAAGAUUAUUAAUAUUAUAUAGUUUCUUAGAAAUGAAAGAGAAUUAAAUCAAUCUAAAUCGGAAGCUACGAAAUUAUUUGAAAAUAAUAAUAUUUUAUAAUAAUAAUUAGAUGCUUUUAAAGAAAAAAGAAAGUAGGAAAAAGAAAUAUUCGAUGAUUAAAAGGAAAAAUAUAAAUAAAUGAAAUUAUAGUUAUAAAAACAAGAAUAAGAAUAUGAAGCAAAAAUUAAUUAGCUUGAGGAAUAAAUCCAAUUGCUUUAGUAAAAGACUGAAAGCGCAGUUUCAUCAGAUUUAUCUAACAACCCUGAGAUAAUUAUGGAAAAAGAAUUGCAAAUUUCUAAAUUAGAAUAAUCUAUCUUAGAGUAUCUUAUAUAUUAAUAUAUAUUAGAUUAAAUUAAAAAAACAACGAAUUAAAAUAAAAAUUGGCUUAAAAUAAAAUAGAGAUUAAUGACUUGAACCAUGAAUUGGAAUAGUAAAAGCUGACCAAUCAAUAGCAUCUAGACAAAAGAGCAUUUGCAUUAAGUGAAUUAAAUCGAUUAGAACAAUAAAAUUAACUUUUAAAAUAAGUAUAAAAUAACAUCCAUAAUAGAAAAACAAUGAUCAAAAUUAAAUUAUCAAAUAAUUAUAACUAGAAAAUCAGUAGGUAUCACAAAUUGUCAAAUCUUCAAAGUAGUAGCCUGCUACAAAUAUGCAAAAAUAAUUACUCAAUCAAAGCAUUUCUAAAACUCCUAUGGUAGAAGCAAACUAUUUAGAUUCUUCUAUGGUAUCUGAUGUUGAGAGCCAAACCUCAAAACAGUCUAAACCUCCUUCCAUGCUUAUGAAAGGUUUAAAUUAUUUCAAACCAACCCCUAAACCCAUUUAAAAUGCGGUAUUUUUAUUUAGUUAUCAAAGUACUAAGAAAAUUAAGAUAUUAAAAUUGCUGCAACCAUGAUACAUAAGUAGACAGAUGAAUUAAAAUAAAAUUUAGAAUAACUUUAUAAAUGUUUCUUGUCAACAGUUCUACUAAGUUAAAACAAUGAAGAAGGUAAAUUUCUCAAGUUUGAAAGGGAAAUAAAUGAGUGUUUGAAGAAAACUUAAGACUUAAAUGAUAACAUUGAAGAUUUUUUGAUAUUAUGA